CUCAGGGAGAGGCAGGUGGGGUACUGCUAGGGACGGGUGGUGGUUUUGCUGGCCUGGUACUUGGUUUAGGCUGACUCCCUGUGGAUUCAGGCUGACAACCGAAGUCGCAGCUAAGGAAAAUCUCAAGGGGUCAGUACCUUCAGUGCCACCAUGUCAGUGUGGGUCAAACGUGGAAGUUACGACCAUGAAUACCACCACAAAGAGAGCAAAUAUGUGGUGAAAGAGUACAGCAGCUCUGAGGCGAUGGAGGACAGAUAUGAGCAUAAAACACGAGUUCACAUCCAGGAAGUGAUAAGCGCGAAGAAACUGAACAAAUAUGUGCGUGAGGAGCCCAUGAUCAGGGGACCACACUUCCUGGUCAGACUCAGAUCUCACACAGUGUUUGAACACACUCCCAUCCAGCUCUUCUGUACGGUUGAGGGUUUUCCCAUGCCUACAGUAAAAUGGUACAAAGAUGGUGUGAUCCUGGACCGGUCCUCUGGAAAGUACUUAGUUAAGUCUAAAGGUGGAAGCCACUCUCUAGAAAUCCCAAGAUGCACCACUGACGACACAGCGCUGUACACUGCUGUGGCCGGAAACAGCCAUGGACAAGUCUCCACUCAGGCUUCUGUUGUUGUCAAGAGGUACAAGCAGGAGGAGGAGUCUUGCCCAUACGGGUGGUUGCCUUUCACUGCUGCCAUGCUUCCUGAGAUCCUGUACACUAAGAUCAACAUCACGUUUGUGGAGGCGUUUGGCCCGGUGUUUGCCAGUGAGGGAGGCUCUGCCACUCUGUCUGCUUCCAUGACCCUGAGCCCCAACCUGGCCAACCUGCAGCCCGAGGCACAGUGGUAUAGAGAUGAAACUCGCCUGUUUGACUCUAAAUGGGUGAAGAUUGAAACCGGCAGGGGCGUCACCACUUUGACUAUUCCAAACCUCUACAAAGACGACGAAGGCCUCUACACGCUUCGCAUGGUCACCAAAGGAGGCAUCGCAGAACACAGCGCAUUCGUGUCUGUUGCAGAUGGUCCUCCCCCAGUCCCUGCUGCACCCGGUGCUCCCAUGGACAUCAAAAUCCACGACGCCAAUAGAGACUAUGUCAUUGUGUCCUGGAAGCCUCCUAAUACCACCACAGAGGGUCCGAUCCUGGGAUAUUUUGUGGACAAAUGUGAGGUUGGAACUGAGAACUGGACCCAAUGCAACGAUCACCCCAUAAAGAUCUGUAAAUACCCCGUGUCUGGGCUGUUUGAGGGGCACUCCUACUACUUCAGGGUCAGAGCUGUCAAUUCCCAUGGCAUCAGCAAACCAUCCCGCAUGUCUGAUCCCAUCGCUGCCCUGGACCCCACUGAGUUUGAACGGCUCCAUGCCAAAAAGCUUGGUGGAAAACUGGAUGUUGUGUCUUACUAUGACGAAGUUGAAGAGGAAGGAAAACCUCCAGGCGUUCCAUCCGGAAUCAGUGUCAAUGAAAUAGACCGGACAUACGUAGUUCUGAGCUGGAAAGCUCCACCUUAUUCCAGCAAGGCUCCAAUGUGGUACUACAUAGAAAAGAGCUUGGCAGAAAGCGGCGCAUGGCAGCGUGUUAAUACUCAGGUCCCUAUUCGAUCUCCCCGCUAUGCCGUAUUCGACCUGGCAGAGGGAAAAGACUAUAGGUUCAGAGUUUUAUCUGCCAACAUCUAUGGAACCAGUGAGCCAUCUCAGCCGAGCGAGCUCAUUCAGACUCUGCAGCUCAAAGGUGUACCAUCUGCUCCUGGUCAGGUGAUUGCAACAAGAGAAACAGACACUUCUGUGCUCAUCCAGUGGGCUCCUCCAAAGGAGCCAAACAAUCUGAUUGGUUACUACAUUGAUCAGUGUGUGAAAGGAUCGAAGGAUUGGACCUCAGCCAAUCACAAGCCUCGCAAGAACACCAAGUUUGUGGUUAGUGGUUUGACCACAGGGGAAACCUAUGUUUUCCGUGUCCAGGCUAUCAAUGAGCUGGGUCUCAGCGAUGAAUCCCAGGAGUCUGCGCCCCUGACUGUCAAGGCUGCUCUGACCGUCCCUUCUUCUCCAUAUGAUGUUGCCCUGCUGAGCUGCGACGGCCACUCGAUGGUGUUGAACUGGAAGAAGCCUCUUCACUCUGGAGGUUCAGUGAUCAAGGAGUAUUAUGUGGAUAAAAGACGCAGUGGCACAGAAAUGUGGAGAGAGAUCAAUAUCCCACCAGUCUCAGAAAGACUUUACAAGGUGGAGGGCUUGACAGAGGGAGCGGUCUAUCAGUUCCAAGUGUAUGCAGCCAACCUGGCUGGCCUCGGACUAGCUUCUGAACCAUCUGCCGACUAUAAGUGUGAAGUCUGGAACAUGCCAGAGCCGGGUCCUGCCUAUGACAUGACUUUCUGUGAAGUCAGAGACAGUUCACUGUUGAUUGAAUGGCAGAAGCCCGUCUAUACUGGCUCUGGACCAAUCACAGGCUAUCAUGUUGAGUACGCCAAGAAGGGCACUGCCGACUGGACUACAGCCAAUGAGACCGCUGUCAGUCAUCGCUUCCUAAAGGUGACAGGUCUGGAGGAGGGCAGUAGCUAUGUCUUCAGAGUGCGUGCGGUUAAUGCUGCAGGAGUGGGAAUGGCCUCAAUGGCCUCUGACUCCGUGACCGCAAAGGCUGUGGAAGGCUCCCAGGAGGUUUCCUGUGUGGUGGACGAGAAAUCAGGUGACAUUGUUUUGUCUUUCGAGUCCUGCCAAAUGAGUGAGGGCUCCCAGUUCAUCUGGAAGAAAGAUUACAAAGAAAUCACAGAUUUCUCCAAAGGACUGGAGAUUAAGACCGAGGGCAGCCACUCCAAACUGAUCUUUAAGAACCCGGAUAAAGAGGACUUUGGAACGUUCUCUGUUUCCGUCACCAAUACGACUGGAGUGUCGUCCAGCUACACAAUCACUACUGAGGAACUGACAAAGAUGCUGGCGCUCAGCUACGAUAUCAGGCACCCAGUCAUCCCUCUGAAAUCUGAGCUGGCCUAUAAGAUUAUGGAGCGAGGCAGAGUGAGGUUCUGGCUGCAGGCUGAAGAGAUUUCUCCCAAAGUCACCUACAAAUUCUUUUUAAACAACAAGGAACUCUCUGGAGCUGAUCCCAACAAGAUGGGUCAUGAUGUUGCUACAGGUGUGAUUGAGUUCAUCAUGGAUCGUUUCACCGAGGAGAGCGAGGGGACGUUCACCUGCCAGAUCACCGACGGAGGAGGCAAAGCUCAAAGCUCACUGGUUCUGAUCAGCGACGCUUUCAAGGCAGCGCUGGCUGAGGCUGACUACCAGAGGAGAGAGUACAUCAGAGUCAAGGAGGGUCCCCAUUUCAGUGAGUUCCUGUCACUCCAGAUUGGAGAUGAUUGCUCCGUCACUUUGGUCUGUAAGGUUGCUAACCUGAAGAAGGAAUCAGAGUUCCACUGGUACAAGGAGGACACAGAGAUCAUCCCCGACGUGAAGCCCGACCUCGGAUCUGGAGUCUGCAAACUGUCAAUUAAACAGUUUUCACUGAAGACAGCAGGAAUUUACAAGGCUACAAUCAGCGAUGACAGAGGGAAAGAUAUGAGCCAAAUUGAUAUUUCUGGAAAAGUCUUUGAGGAUGCCAUCGACAAGCUCAGCCAGCUGGCUGGAGCCAGUGCAGGAGAGCUGGUGAUUAACUGCACAGCAACAGGCAUUCAGCUACAGUGUCACAUGAAGUAUUACACCUCAGAGAUGAACGUCACCUGGUAUCACGGUGAGGCUAAAUUGUCCCACAGUGAAAAGACUGUGAUUGGAGGAACUCCUGCCAUGGCAACAAUGGAGGUGGUUGAGCCCGUGGAGAAGGAUAAAGGCUCAUACUCCAUUGUGAUCACUGACUCUGAAAACUCCAAUAAACGCACUCUGGACCUCAGCGGUGAUGUUUAUGAGAAGGCAUAUGCUGAGUUCCAGAAACUCAAGGCUGAAGCCUACGCUGAGAAAAAUCGUGGAAAGGUGAUCGGAGGUCUGCCCGACGUGGUCACAAUCAUGGAAAAGAAAACUUUGAGUUUGACAUGUACAGUGUGCGGAGACCCCAAGCCUCAGGUGUCAUGGCUGAAGAGCGGAUCGGAAGUGGAACCCGAUGAUCAGUACGUGGUCUCCGUGGACCAGGGCAAGUUUGCCAGUCUGACGAUCAAAGGUGUUUCCUUGGAGGAUUCUGGCCGAUAUACCAUGAUUGUCCAGAAUAAAUACGGAGGGGAGUCUGUGGAUAUAGUGGUCAGCGUGUACCGCCAUGGCGAGAAAAUCCCCGAGGCGAAACCAACUCCGACCCCUAAAACAAUCAUCCCUCCUAAACUCCCCAUCGAGAUCCCCCAGCCGAAGACCCAGCCCGCUCCCAGCCCCGCCCCCUCCGCCCCCAGCCCCGCGCCUCCCCGGGCGGCGCCGGGAAGAGGGGUGAAGAGUCCCACUCCCACCAGGAGGAAGUAG